AUGUCGAAUUCACCGGAAAAUGGACCUGCCACCAGCGGCCAUAAACGACCUCGAAACGACGACGCCGAUGGAGACGACGGCGCCCCUCAGCAGGACGUCCCCGACAACGCGAGUGUGCCCAAGCCCAAGCGACUCGCUUGCAUGAUAUGUCGAAAGCGCAAGCUCAAGUGUGAUGGUGUGCGACCCAGUUGUAGUACUUGCUCUCGCCUUGGCCAUACUUGCGCCUACGAUGAACAGCGCAGGAAGAGCGGCCCCAAGCGUGGCUAUGUGAAGGCCCUCGAGGAGCGACUGAAACAAGUCGAAACGCUAUUGAAAACCCAGGACCCUCCUCAAAACGUCCCCAAGACCGUCAACGUCGCUAUGCCUGGCCCAACCCAAACAGCCUCUCCCGCAAAUCUCAAUCUUUCGACUGCGCCAAUAAAUCUGACAACAGAUCGCAACAUGGACCAGCAGUGGAACUUUGUUGAUAAGUCACCGCAGCAAGGUGUAAUUGAAGAUUUCAACUUCAAUGCCAGUAUGAAUAUGGGCAUGAAUCAUGUCGGAGGAACCUUUACAUGGGAAAUGAUUGGUUUAGGUCUCGAGGAACCGUUGCCGCCACAGGAUACAAUCGACGAGCUUCACCAAAUAUAUUUUGAAAAGGUCCACCCGUCCAUUCCGAUGAUCCACAAGUAUCGUUAUCUUGCCGCCAUGAACCUUGCUCCGAAUCAGCGACCGCCCGUCUGUCUGCGAUAUGCCAUGUGGACUCUCGCAUGUACAAUUACAGACAAAUAUGCGGACCUAAAAGAUCUUUUCUACCGGAGAGCACGCAAGUAUGUCGAAGGGGACUACGUCAAAGGUUAUGGAGAGCACAUGAUCUCUAUCGCUCACUGCCAGACGCAUACUCUCCUGGCCUCUUAUGAGAUGAAGAUGAUGUACUUUCCCCGAGCUUGGAUCAACACAGGCUCUGCUAUCCGCCUUGCACAAAUGACUGGGCUUCACAGGUUGGACGGAACGGGCCUUGAUGUAAAGCAAUGUCUGGCACCCCCUAAAGACUGGACAGAACGCGAAGAACGACGCCGAACAUUCUGGAUGGCCUUCUGCCAAGACCGUUACGCCAGCAUUGGGACUGGAUGGCCCAUGACGAUUGAUGAGCGCGACAUUAUGACCAACCUGCCAGCUUCAGAAGAUGCAUACAAUAUGAGUAGACCCGAGCAGACACAAUCCCUAUCCGAGUGCACCAGUCCCAUGGGUGCGGGCAAGCUUUCUUCGUUUGGCGGCAUCGUGCUCAUGGCAUGUCUAUUUGGCAGAAACUUGGUACAUUUGCACCGUCCCGAUGCUGAUGAUCUUGAUCACGAUCUCAAUGGUCCGUUUUGGAAGCGACACCGUCAGAUGGACAAUAUACUACUCAACACAUCCCUCUGUCUCCCACCACAACUGAAGCUUCCCACGGGUCUAUCUAAUCCUAACAUUGUCUUUACAAACAUGAGCAUACACACAUCGACGAUAUGCUUACACCAGGCUGCCAUAUUCAAGGCGGAGAAGAACAAGCUGCCAGCGUCGGUCAGCGCCGAGAGCAAAGUACGAUGCAUAACAGCUGCCAAUGAGAUUGCCAGCAUUAUGCGCAUGAUUUCUCAUAUGGAUCUUUCCACAGUUAACCCGUUUAUAUCAUUCUGUCUAUAUGUAUCUGCGCGAGUAUUUGUGCAAUAUCUUAAGAGUAGGCCAGAUGAUAGUCAAACAGCUGACUCGCUACGGUUCCUGCUCUCAGCAAUGAAUGCCCUGAAGCGGCGAAACCCUCUGACUGAGUCAUUCCUUGUUCAGCUAGACGUCGACCUGGAAGCUCUUGCACUGAGAAUUCCCAAGCUCAAGACGGCUUUCCCACGUAAUACCGAUAGUCCCGGUACAAUAGGAGCGCCCAGAGGUGCUAAAUGCGACAACCCUGAAGGAUUCCAGGGCAUAACGGCAUAUCGCAACGAAUGCAAUUACAUGAACCCAUCUGACAACGACAUCAACCAACCAGGACCACCCGAUAUAGUCGAGCCCAACAACGACAUGCCAAGUAUGUCUGUUGCAGGUGAUGGAAACUUUGGAGCACAGGCAUGGAUGUCAUCGGAGCAACAUAUACCAUCAAUUCUUACACCUAGUUCGGGAGCAACUUUUGAGAAGACUGGAUCAGGAAGUCGGACUGUCUCAGGCUUUGGGGACAUGACAGGAGAUGGCCAGGACGCUUCAGGGUCUCCAGACGCGAUGCAAUCGAAUCGACCAACACCAAACUCAAGCACGGGAUCCGAUCAACGGAGUCAUUUGGCACCUGGACAAAUGAACAGAUCAGGGGUCAACUCAUUCAACGCAAGUCCCAUGUCGCCAAACCAGAACAUGAUGAACCCAGGCGUACUCGAUGGUAGCACACAGGGCUUUUUUGCUGAUACAUCUGGUUUUGGUAUGCCAACAAGUUUGGAUCAGAACGGAGGGUUUAGCAUGCCCGAUGGGUGGGCGGAUAUUCAUGGACAGACAGGUGUUCCCCAAGUGGGUGAAGGGGUUUUGAGAGCAUUGAUGAAUAUGGGAUCUAUGGACGCGAUGGAUCUAGGAACGUGGGAAUCAAGGGACACUUGA